CCAGACAAAAUCUGCUUCAUCAUGAAAAUCUCGCUUGCUCUCUCUGCUCUUGCCUUACUUGCUUGCCCUGCCGCUGCGGUCGACCUUGAUCCACCAGACGACUGUGGCGCGCCCUUUAACGCCUGGUGGACCCAAUGCACCCGAUCUGCCUCCAACUGCUGCUACUACGCAGCCGAAAAAGCCAAUACAACCUGUCCGAUGACUCGUGCAAGACAUUAUGUCUUGCUAGGAAAGUGCAGGUCGCUCUUCGAGGGCAGCGCAAGACCCUACAACAAAACCGACUGUGUCACCGCCACUCUCUCCGGCAUAGCCUUGCUUAUGGGGGAUCGUGGCCUUAGCUUUCCUGUCAGUUGUACUAUUGAUGACAUCAAGGACAUGCCCUAGGGAUUGCGGCGUUUCCCUGGAGGAGGCUUCGUGGAGAACCGUCCAGGAAAAGUCAAGAUGGGUAUAUUGGCAAUGUUCGUGUACAAUUUGAGCGCUCUAAGGGAGGAAAGGUCCCGACAGCGAAUCGGCAGAAUCUCCCUGCGGAGAGGCUCGACUGGUCAACGAAAACUGUCUGUCAAUACCUAAGGUUUAUACGGGGUCUGACCAAGCCUCUUCUGCACCCCGGAUCAUAGUAUAUCAGUAUACUCAUACUCUGAUAAGAGAAUAUGAAUAUGGAUAGGUUACUAAACCUAGUAUCUAUUUAGAGUAGAACUGAGCAGCUUAGACGGACUUAGUAGUAGAUUAACACCCCUCACGGCUACUAGUAACCGGCAUCAUCGGUUCGGCGAC